UCCAAGGAUCCCCCUUCUACCUAUUUUUGGAUUAUUUUUAUCUUUAAAAUUUUUGAAUUGUAGACAGAAAUUUGAAAUAAGGAAUCCACCCAUCUUUUUCUGAAAACUAAUUAUCUGUAACUCAUGCUUGCUUGCAUGGUCCUUUUUUAAUUCCUGCGUGUGUCCUUUCUUUUGUGAUGAUUUUAAUUAGAAGGAUUGUAGUAGGGCGAACAAACCACUCAGGGUUUAAGGCGGAGAAAUAGGCGGAGAUGGAAUAUUUUUUUUUCAUUAAAAGAAAAGAAAUGUGAAUGUAGUAUAGGAAGAAGAAAAUAUUAAACUGACAGCCGAGAGACUGAAAUGCAUUUAAAUAGCCCCAAAAAAUUUAAGUUGUCCAAAUCUCAAAUGACUAAUUACCAGCCUCUAAUACCUUCAGAACAAACAAUGGCCCCACAACAAAUGCCCAUUUUUGCAACUCCACCCACCAUUUCAAAUACUCACCAAAAUUCAUUUUACGGGUUUGUUAACUCUGAUGCUUCUCAAAUAUUACCACAACACCAAUUAAUAUAUUCACAUCCUCAGCAACAACAACAAAUUCCUUCACGUCAGCCUAUUUCAAUGCCUCCAAAUUUUCAAUGUUCCAGAUCUCAAACCGAAGCUCAUUUCUCGCUGAUUUCUGAUUCUAAGCCAAUGGAGCUCUUCGUCCCUGGCACUUCCACGAUCGGCGAUGGAAUUGUUGAUUGGGAGGUUUCUAUAAACAAAACAAAAUUUUCGGAUGAAGAAAAACACACAAAAGUUCCAGGACAACGAUAUAAACGAAAAAGAACAUUAAAUGGUAGUGAGGAAGAUGAACCAAAUUCUCGUCGGAAGCGAUACGAUGGAUUGAUUUCUAGUGAAGAAACUUUAUUGUUGAAUGGAUUUAGAACAAGUUCUCCUGAAGACACAGAAAGAUCACCAGUACCACAUACUGAAUUAGUUACACAAGGAUGUCAUUCUCAAAUUAACAACUGCAAUAGCCUACCAAUAAACUAUUUUGAACAAACAAAGGAGCAAAAUGAAGAGGAGAAUGAUGAUGAUCGGUCAGCGACAGUAACUGGAGCCGAUGAACCAACAAUCUUCCCUUGGAUGACCCGAGUGCAUUCUUCAAGCAAUUCAGCUCGUGGCGAAAAACGUCAACGAACUGCUUAUACACGGAAUCAAGUAUUAGAGCUUGAAAAAGAGUUCCAUUUUAACAAAUAUUUGACAAGAAAAAGGAGGAUUGAGAUAGCCCAUACACUUAUACUUACAGAGAGACAGGCAUGUAAAGAUAUGGUUUCAGAAUCGUCGGAUGAAGCACAAAAAGGAGAGCAAAGACCAUCAACAUCUUCAACAGGCGCAGCAACAUGUUUUAAGUUCUGCACUUGCCCAAGCACAAGUAGCUGCUGCAGUUCAAUUAGCUAUACAGCAACAACAACAAAAUUCCCUUAGCCAUUCAAAUACUUCAACAUUCCAUUCACAAUCAUCAAUACAAAGACAAGAAAUUGAAGAAAUAAAUAGAGUUAAUACUAACAGUCAAUUCUUGGUUGGAAAUAAUG